ACUUGGCCCACUCCCACUCCCACUCCCACUCGUCGUCGUUCCUUCCCAUGACCUUGCGACUGAAAAGCUGUUUCAAUGGGUAACACCGGAUCGUAUCAAGACUCAUCAAGCUUCCAUGUGCUUUCCAAUCAUCCUCAUCUCACACCGCCCUCCUUCCUUAACGUCAGGUUCGUUCAGAGCCUUACAUAAGUGACAACCAGGUUCAUCCGUUCACUACACUACUACUCGGAAUAUGGUCAACUGGCAAGACUUAGAAGUGAUCGAGAACUGGACCGCUGUUCUCGUCAAUAUCACCUUUGUCGUGCUAGGAUUAUACGGAUGGAGUUAUAUACAUUCCUGCCAGGUCGAGAAUGCUCUCCUUCGUCGUCAACUUCCAUUUCGAUGGCAAAUGGUUUCUUAUUUGAUCGGUCGGACGUUCUUUCUCGUGACUGUUAUACUAUCUGCUGCGGCGAGCAUCGUCGUUCCGCCACAUGUCGACUGCUAUUACAUUAUAGACGUGAUGAAAUUCCUGGCGUUCUCGAGUAAUAUCGUUGUGGGUUGUACAUCCACGAAUCUCGUGAUUCGAACAUGGAGCAUUUGGAAGACCAAUCGUUUUGUCUGCGUGUUCAUGGCGCUCGCUACCCUAGGGCACUGGUUCACAUUGAUACUCGGUACGCACCCCCAUUUAGGGAAACGCACGGGUACGGGUAACACCGCGGUUCUAUGCUGACGGGUUUGGAGGGUACGGGUACGGAGUAGGAUAGUCGUACCCUUGAGCAUACCGUGGCCAUUCACCGCGGGUUGACGGUGUUUGGGCGGGUAUAAUAU